GACGCGCGCAAGAUGGCGGCGGGCGAGUCGGCGGCCGAGCGGUACCGGCCCAACCGCUUCGUCUCGCUGCCCGCCGAGCUCGACCCGGCCACGUUCGAGGCGUCGCCGGAGAAGCGUCGCGCCGAGGCGGAGCGGCUGGCCAUCCGCGCCCGCCUCAAGCGGCAGUACCAGCUGCAGCUGCACGACCCGCGCCGGCCCGCCGUGAUCGAGGACCCGGCUUUGCUGCGCUGGGUCUACGCCAGGACGCAGAACGUGUAUCCCACCUUCCGGCCCACGGCCAAGACCUCCUUCCUGGGAGCCCUCUACGCACUGGGGCCCAUCCUCUUCUGGAUGUUCGCCUUCAAGUUCGACAGGGAUCGUAGAGAGAAGCUGUACCAAGAAGGUAAAGGCAAGCAUCCACUCAGCCUCUUCUGAGCUCCUGGAAUCAGUGCUGCUAUCAAGCAGCGCUGCUGUUGGGACACAAAUAAAAUUAGUAAGAUGUAUGUAUACUGACCUUUCUCCUUCCU